AUGUGAGUGACAGCUCAGCCCAGUUUCUCUCCAGUCAGUUUCCGUUAGAUUUGGGAAAGAGAUUUUUUCAGAGUUUGUGUUUUAUAGAUGAAGCGCCCUAACUGAACCAUGAUGGAUACGAAUCGACAGGAGAGGACCGGACACUAUUAAAAUCAUUGAACCUUCCUUACAAACCUCUAAAAUGGCCAUAAGGGAAUUAAAAGUUUGUCUUCUAGGGGAUACAGGCGUUGGGAAAUCAAGUAUUGUAUGUCGGUUCGUUCAAGAUCACUUUGACCACAACAUCAGUCCAACUAUAGGUGCUUCAUUUUUAACCAAGACCGUCCCCUCUGGGAAUGAACUUCACAAGUUUCUGAUCUGGGACACAGCAGGACAGGAACGGUUUCAUUCAUUGGCUCCCAUGUAUUACAGAGGCUCCGCGGCAGCCGUGAUUGUGUAUGACAUCACUAAACUGGACUCUUUUCAAACAUUAAAGAAAUGGGUAAAGGAACUGAAAGAACAUGGACCAGAGGACAUAGUUGUCGCUAUAGCAGGAAAUAAGAACGACCUGGGUGACAUCAGGGAAGUUCCGACUAAAGAGGCGAAAGAUUUUGCGGAGUCGAUUGCUGCCAUUUUUAUGGAGACCAGCGCCAGAAAUGCUGUAAACAUAGAGGAACUGUUCCAAAAAAUCAGUCGACAGAUUCCUCCUUUGGAAAACACAGAUGCUGACAGCAACGAAUCUUUCAAAUUGACGCGGCAAGCUCCUCCCUCCAGCAAACGCUGCUGUUAGACACCUCUCAAGCCUGGUCACACUACAGACACGCAUCCUAUUAACAACAGCUGUGCUCAUCAUAGUGCCUUGCUAGUGUAUUAUUAUAAAUAUGCUUUCUUUUCAUUUAUAAGAGGGAUGAGUCAAUACUAUCAUCUUAAUCCAGCACAUGAGUUUAAACCCAGGGGAUUCUAGUAAAUGUGGCCUAAAUAUACGUAAACCAGUGUUUUAAUAUAGGUUUAUUUAUGAAAACGAUUUGGGUGCAUAAAGAUGUCUUAAUGCGUUAGUUUCAUACCAAGUGUUUUAUACAUAUCGUAUUGUAACAUUGUAUUUCUAUAGACUAGUAAUUAACCCUUUACAAGACCAAGUGUCUUUAUACCAAUGUGUGGUAUUUUUCUACAUUGUUUUUAAAAUAAUUUUUUUUAGUCGUUUACAUUUAGGCAUUUUCCAGACACUUUUAUUCAAAAUAACUUACGGUGCAAUUAACCUAUACAUUUAAUGAGUACGUGCAAUUUCCAGGCAAUCGAACCCAUAACCUUGGAGUUGCUAGUGCUAAACUCUACAGCAAAGUUACGAGAAAGUUAGUUUGGCUUUAUCCGAUCAACUAAAAAUACUUCCAAUGUGUUGAAAGCAAUUUGCACGAGAUUACAUACAAAGUCAAAGCAAAGAAGCGAAAAGUCAUGAACUCACUGAAUGAUGUGAAUGACUCGAAUUGGGCGGCGUGAUUGUCGCGGAAACAAGCGUUAUUUGCCUUUAAUUCAUCUUUGUAGAAAAUUUAACUCAAGUGAAAAAUUAGGAUGUCACAGAGUUAAAUGCUGCGUUUAUGAAUGGGAUGCUUUGCGUUUGGUGUGUACGCCCCAUAAAUGUAGUUCAAUAUUUAUGUUGAUAUGAAAUUUUAUCAGUGGCAGUUCACCCGAAAUUAUGUAAAAAUGUGUGUCAUCGUUUACUCACCCUCAAGUUUUUACAAGCCUGUAUACAUGUCUUCUGAAUACAAAGGAAGAUAUUUUGAGCAAUGUUUGUAACCGAACGGUUAUGAGUGCCAUUGACUUCCAUAGUAUUAUUUUUUUCUACUAUGGGUGUAAAUGGUGGUGCUGCUGCUUUCUUCUUGAUUACAAAUAUCUUCAUUUGUGUUUAGCUGAUCAAAGAAAUGUAUACAGGUUUGUAAGGGUGAGUAAAUGAUGACAUAAUUGUCAUUUUUGGGUGAACUAUCCUUUAUAAGCUCAUGAAGUGAGAAAUGAUUAUUUAGCCACCAGAGGGCAGAGUUUACUGUUGAAAAAGCUUGAGGCUAAUCUCAGACUUAAUGUUUGAUCUGUCUGAAAACAACUUGCCCUGACAUGUUUUAAAAUAUAUCACUUGCCAUGUUUUUUUUUCAAAGCCACAUUUAUAAAACUUCUAUAAUGUGCUAAUUUAACUAAGGCUUAGUCCUGGCUUUGUCUGUGAAAUCCUGCCCCAGUAUCUUUGGGUUUUAGCUUAUCUUUUAAUUAGGAAGACAAGGUUGAAGUGUUUCUGUCAUGCAUAAGUAUUGAAUGUGGCAUUUAUAACAAAACAACGUUCCCUAAAUUAGCACAUUCAUGCAUCAAAAUGUUGGAAGCAUAAAUAUAGUCCAUUAAUAAAAAGUCAAUUAAUAAUUAUAGUUUUAUUUUACCUCAUACAUUUUUAAAAAAAAAUGGCUAAGAAAUAUUCUCUAACUGGCACUGGUGCACACAUUUGCACCAUAACAGGGCAUAUUAGCAACUCAAAGGUACCAAAUGUAGACAUAACUGUGCCUAGAUUAGACACAUACAGUAUUAGAAGCUUUUCAAAGAGCUUGGGACAUUUUUUAUGACAUUGUCUGUUAUUAAUAAUAACAUAUCACAGUCAACUUGUAACUUAAGUAUAUCAUAAAAGUACAUUUAUUAGAGUGCCUUAAACUAUCAGAAAACAAAAUUAAAUUAAUACCAACUAAAACUUCCUUUAAGGAUUACUCCACUUUCCUAAAAAAAAAGGGUUCCAACAGGUCUUUGAAAUCCUUGAAAGUUUGUGAAUCUGGGGGAAAAAUGCAAGGACCUGGGAAGUUUUUGAAAAUAUACAUACAUAGAUACAGGUCAAAAAGUGCUUGAAUCUAAUUUAUGCAAGACGUUUUCUGAGAAAAAAUCUAUAUUAUUCCCUGUGUAGUGUAAGAUAAUAUCAUAAAAAUUCUAGACUUUUUAAGCACACGUGCUAAACUGUUCGCUUUAAAUGCUUAUAUCUUCUAUAUGCGAAUGUUGAUUCAUACCAAAAUGCUUUUUUGCAUAGUUGUGUUUGACACAUGAAAACGUCUCGGGUUACGUAUGUAACUGUUGUUCCCUGAGAAGGGAACGAGACGCUGCGUCUCCCUUGCCAUACUUCCUGCGUCCCUGUAACACCGUCUUUGGCAAUAUUUCAGAUAGCGAUAUACUUCCUGCAUCACCCUGUCUUUGUCGUUAAGCCUCACCAUUGGUUGAAUUUGAUAUAAACAUUCAGACGCACUUACCCCUGGAGGCGUCCCCAAAGUGUCACUGCAGUGACGCAGCGCGAGUUCCCUCGAAAGGGAACUGUAACAAUGUAUCUUAAAAGGUAACACGAUGUAACCUUGCUCUCACUUGAAAUGUGUCCCCACAUUUAGUCCUUGAAUUUAAGGGGAUUGGACCUGGAAAGUCCUUGAAAGGUCCUUGAAUUUGAAGUUAACUAAGGUGUGGGAACCCUGUAAAAAUCCAAAUUAUUUAAACACCCCUAUGUCAUCCAAAAUUUUGAUUUCUUUCUUUGUUCAGUCAAAAAGAAAUUAAGUUUUUUGAAGAAAAUAUUUUCGACUAAAGAAAUACAUUAACAUAUUUUUAUGAAAGUGGAGUGUUUCUUUAAGUAGUCCUAAAACAGGCAUCAUAUACUGAUCCUAAUGCACUUCUGUUUUCCUGAGAAAUGUAGUAUACAGUAUGAACUUGAUGACCAUUACAGAAUGAUAAGCAGAAAAUCUGGUUACACAUGUUCAUUGUGUGUACAUUGUAAAAUGUAUUAUAAUGUAUCCUGUACCUGAAGAAGAUCAUGUGAUGUACAUUAACGUGUGACCUCUGAUAAACAUUUUCCAUUACAUAUUUUGCUAA